UCUGAAAAAUUUUUUUUUUUGGGUUGACUAAACAUCAACAAAUUUUAGGGUUGUAUGCUGAAUCGCAAAUAUGAAGGGUAUGAUAUCCGCAUUAUCCGGGCCGCGUGUUUGAGACCCCUGAUGUACGUAUACCAUUGUUUCCGGAAAAGUCAUUCGGAAAGAGAAAAACUCCUGAUGUAAACAUGGCUACUGUGGAGUGUCCGUGGCGUAAAGACCGGCAGAGCAAUGUAUUAUGGGUCCGUGUGGCAACACCUAGCUCGUUCCUCCUAUAGACUUAGUGAUGUUUUCCAAUGUAAAAAAAGGUUGAAAAACACUAUUCUAACCUAUAGAAACUAGAAGAAAUGUUUCCCAUUGUUCAUAUUCCUGUGCUGGAGUCUUCCCAGAAUGCAGCAGGGCAACAAUUGCAACUCGAGUAAGUAUUUCAGUGGGAGGCUGCGAGGCCUCCGCCCGCAGGCAGGCGCUCAAUGCAAUAUGUGCCCAUAAGAUGAAGUCACAAACAUCGCGACUGUAGUUGACUCCCACUCGCCGGGGAGCACAGACGGGGCAUUAUGUGGACGAGUACCAGCCGGUACCACGGGCUCCUCAUCCUCGUCAGGACUGCCGUCGGCGCUUCAGGAAUGGAACAAAAAUGGAAACCUGUGAUUGCCGUCUUCAGAUGCGUAGUCGCCGUCUGCUUUUGUUGGCUUUGUUCAGCUCAAAGACUUUGCACAGUGCCUCCUGGGCCUGUCGUCGUCCCGGAGAACAACACUGCUGACGUCCAGGUGGUUAAAAUAACCUCUGGUAGUGACGUCACUCUGACUGUUGUGGUGAAUCCUGAAGAAAUGUUUUACCUAAAAGGCAAAGCCCUGAUGGUGAAGACUGGACUGGACUAUGAGGCAAUACAGAAGAGUGCAACUCUAGUGGUGUGGGUACAAUGUAGCAGACCUGGUUCCAAAUCUCUCAACGAGUCUGUUGAAGUGGUCGUGGAAAAUAUCAACGACAACCCGCCAAACUUUGCUCAGAAUCACUACAACUUGGAAUUGAAUGAGCUGACUCCAGUCAACUCCAGUGUUGGAGUCAUCGCAGCUACUGAUGUUGAUUCUGAACCACUGUACUAUCGCUUAGAGUCCGCCAUGGAUAAAUACUUCCAACUGGAGAACAUCAACAGUCCAAAAUUAGUUGUAAAAAGUGUCCUGGACUAUGACGUGGUGCAAAAGAUCUCUCUGGUUCUACAUGUUCAGGACACAUUCAACGGUUCCGCCUCCAAUAAGCCGUUCUUCACAUCUGUGGCCACCAUCACCGUUCAUGUGAAGGACAUCGAUAACCGCCCCCCCUGGUUUCAGCCAUGUUUGAGGACUAACUUGGGGCUAGCCAAGCUGUGCGUUAGCGGCGGCUAUCGAGGAAAAGUCAAUCUGACCGAGAAGGAGGAGGGUCCGCUACCGCUGGAACCGGGUCCAAUCUUUGCUAAAGAUGGAGACAAGAACAGGAGCGAAGUGAUCAGCUACAGAAUUUUAAGAGGGAAUGAAGGGAACAUAUUCCAGAUCGACGAGGACACGGGGAACAUCAGCAUGGCGAAAGCUGCUGAUAUCGUGGGCCCGAUAACUCUUACUGUUCUGGCAUCACAGGUGACCAACAGGGACCAGUUUGCUGUGACCCAGGUGACCUUCGAGGUGAUGAAGAAGAGCAGGAACCCUCCUCGCUUUGAGAAGGACCGUUACGAUGGCUUUAUCUACAGCAACUCUGUCCCUGAAAGCAUGAUCCUCAGGGACCGCAGCACCUACCGGCCCUUCAGGGUCCGAGCCCGGGAUGAGGACUUUGCUGGUGGUUUGAAUCCGGAUGUCAGGUACGAGGUGCAGUACAGCAGCUACGUCAACGUGACUUCGGACGGUUUUGUGAUCCUAAAGAGAGUCGUGAAGACGGAGUCGUUUGCAUUGCAGCUCAGGGCGGUGGACUCCACAACGGGAGAGUUUGGCACAGCGGCGCUUUCUGUUCAAGUCAUCCCAGCCGACGCCAUACCGUCCCCUUCCAACGUUGGCUACCGUGCGGGGGACAUGGCGCUUCUCGGGCUGGUCAUGGCGGCUCUGCUGGUGCUCUGCCUCAUCGUGAUUGGCUUCUUGAUUUCCCGCUUGUGGAAGGGCAACUCGGGCGUGGACAACAUAUGCGAGUGCUUGGACUGCCUGAAGUCUAAGCAGCCUCGCACCGGCCACAGGGACUCCCUGCAGUACACCAACGACGGCUUCCAGAACGAGGCGGAUGCAAGCGGGCGCGGGCGCCUUCCCCGAAGGAGCACCUUCCCCCUGGCCGGGGGCCGAGUCACGCCGUUGGGGAGACGCAACCGCCACUGCUCCUCCUGUGGCGUCUUCGCAAACCACAUCCCCAAAGGGAGCCCCUCGGUGAGACCGUCUCGGAGGGGUCGAGGGGACGGGGAUGACUACAGCUCAAGGUCAAUGCUGGCCAAGCAGAGGAGGAAGGAGGGGCAGAAGACGGUGUGGUUCAAGGAGAGCGAGGACUCCUCGGAUAUCGAGGUGGAGAUUAUCCCCGACACCGUGGGCCGAGUGGAGGAGGAGACGCAGGCGGAGCUGGAGGAGGAGUUAGUGAUGGAGGGAGUGGUCAGAGACCCUGCUGCCCCGUGCGUGCAGUCUGAGGAUGGGCAAGAAAGCUCCAGCCCGGAGCCCGGACUUGAGCGGGACCAGGGUAGCGCUACUGGGGACAAAGACAAGGACGGGAAUGGUCCGGAUGCCUGACACAAGAAAUGUUGAAGGGGGGGGGGGGGGGGGUUGGAUACCGCGACCCAUCUGAACAGUCCCAAGGGUGUCCCAAGUGCAGACUGGAGGCCAUUUGCUCGAUUUUGAUCCACCCCGCCUUAAACUGUUUGUUUUGUUAUCUUUAUUUGCAAUGAAUGUGAAUAAUAAUAAUAUAUUAUUAUCUCUUUUUUCCUUUUAUUAUUAUUAUUUUUUUAGUUUUAUUACCAAUACUGAUAGCGGUCGUGAGAUAACGUCCAAGAAGUGAAAAGGGGUGUCCCUAUAAGACAGGAUGUAGAAAUUAUACAAAAUUCUAAUUAAAAUGUAACAAUAAUGAAAUUAAAUCAUUAAAAUGUCAAAAAAAUAAAAAAUAAAAAAAUCAUCAUAGUAAAUGAUAAAAAAAAAAAAAUUAUAUUUUGAAAUCAUUUAAAUUGCACUUCUUUAUCUGCCAAAAAAAAAUAAACAACAAAUAUCUUAAGACAUCAGGUGCUAGAAUAUCUCAACUCUAUCUUAUAUAUAUAUAUAUAAGAUAAUAUAUACAUAAGAAUAUCUUAUGAAAAAGAAGCUAAAGUAUCACUUAAUACGUAAAAGUUCCCUUUAUACAAAAACUGUAUCUUCAGUGACUUUGUAGGACAUCAGGAGGUUUGCCACCAGCUGCUUAUAAUUAUCUGCCUUGUCGUUUCCAAGAAACUCUGAUGCAAAAGUCUAUUUCUGCUAGCGUUCAUUAAAUUUCUCUACAUGCAUGCAUUUUAAUUUAAUUUUUUUUUUCUUUUUCCAUCCCCUCCUGCUCUGGUUCGGCCGCUCCGAAUUUGCAUAACAACAAAAACAAAUAAUACUCCAUAUAACGGGGAAGGUGUAGCUUACGCUUUUCACUGACAGAGCAUGCUCUCUGCCCUGGAGCACAUAAUUUAAAAAAAACUUUAAAAUUUCCAAAUGCCCGCAAGGUAUGCUGGAUGCGGCAACAAUCUGAACAAUAAAACUUUGGAUAUGACGAGUAUGUUAACUCCUCGUUGUUUUCUUCUCCGAUUACCUAAUCAACAUAUUUUGCAUAUUUAAAAUAUUGGGAGAAAGAGUACCACAAGUUACCCAGCAUGCCUUGCGGUGGGGUGUUUUUGGUUUUUUUUGCCAUGGGUUUUGCAUGUAGAUAUGUAUUUGUAUAAGUUACUGUGUGUGUCUUGUGUGUCAACAUGUUGUGUUGUUUUUUUGUACAAGCUACAAAUUGCUAUUUUACCGACUCCAGCGUGCCAAAAUACCAAAGCAAGUCAUGUUCCCGGCUACACUUUCCAGGUUAAACGUUGGGGAAAAAAAGGAAUUUGGAAAUGGUGGGCUGGAUUAAUACGUUGGCUGGCCUGAUAUGGCCCGCAGGCCGCAGUUUGCCCACCCCUGCUUUAGGAGCACACUGUAUCAGAGUCACCAUUUGCAACAAUGGAACAGACAAUCAUCAGGUUUUCCAGCAAAUAUUAUGUGAUCAUAAUAAUAAUAGUGUGUUUGAUAUUAACAAAUGAUUGUUUAAGCUUCCUCUCACACACUGAUAUGAUAUAUAGACUGAUAUAUAGGCUGUGUGCUGUGUACAUAUUUGGAAUAUUUCGCUCCUUUUUUGCACGUUUAGCUCGCUUUUCUCAUAACGUAACUCUUUUUUCUGUAAUGUUUGAGGUAGAAAUAAAAUGGUGAGUGUAAAAUUUAAUGUUUAAUAUGAAUUGGAAUGAUUAAUAUAACACUGGAGGAACAUUUUUCCUAUGCUAAGCUCUAUUCUCCCUGACACGUAAUAUGACUUUAUUCUCGUAAAUCUACAACUUAGAUGGUAAUCUGAGAAGGAAGUGUCUCUGAUAGCUUCAAUUUUGCUAACAUAUUGUGGCAUUGAAAAAAUCUGUUUAUUGUUUUUCUUCACUGAUGCUAAAAGUAACCUUAAAUGUUCAUUUAUCUCUUUUAUUCAUCAUUUAUAUCAGGGGUCUCAAACACGCGACCCGCGGGCCAAAUGUGGCCCGCAGGACACUAGUUUGAGGCCCCCAGCCUUGAUAUGAAAGUUGAAUGUUAGUGCGGCCCGCGCAAGUUUGAUAUGGAUGCUGUAUGGUAUCAUGUACCCAGAAAAAAUUAUUACGUUUGAUUCAUGUUCAUGUUAAAGGUUAAAUAACUGUUAAUAGUUAUCCUCCCUAUCCGUGUGGAAGUGGUAAGUUUUUGGCUAUUUAAGUUGAAAGGAAAUAACUUGGAGGCUACCGUUUAGGUCGCUAGCUCUCUAGUUUGCGAGUUAGCAUGUGUCUCAAGACCCUGCAGUUGCGCAAUAUGUUGUAAAUAAAAAGAGUA